CAGAAACUGGAAUGUUCUCUCAUUUCUGAAUAGCCAUUCUGAAUCCUGGUUGAGCUCCAGCUCAGUAUUCUUCAAUGUGAACCCCAACCUCAUUCACUUGUGUGGGCUGGGGUUGCUUCUUUUGCUCCUCUGCUGCCUACUGGGGGUACCAUCUUUAUUCAACUUUUGGAAAACCAGGAAAAAGUGUCAGUUCAGAGCCAAGAGGAGAAGGAAAGGUGGGACAAGCAAAGGUUGGAGCGAUUACCAGAGGGACAUAGAGGAGGAAAGGAAGUUGAUUUCCAUUCUCAAAAGCCCCCCUGGUCGAAAACAUGACAGCAUCCGUUUCCGUCGACUCUUAUGUCCAGACCCCUCUUGUGAGGUGUGUAACACCGCAACCUCUGAGAUCAGUCAGCUGCUGUUCCCAGAGGUCCUGGAAGAUGCUUCUCUCUUUGUGUCCCCUUUGGCCUCCACAGCUCUGGUGGCAGAUUCAUCACCCACUCUGUCACCUGCCUCCUCAGUAGCCCCUGCAGGAGACCUGAUACCAUCUUCCCUGCUUGUGUCUUCCCCACCACCUCUCUCCAUUCCCUCACCUAACCCAGUGACCCCUCUGGAUGAAUUUCUUGCACCCUCACCACUGGGCUACUCUCUCCCUCCAGAACCUUUCCCUCUCCUGGAUUCACAAUUCCCAGUGACCCUUUCCUCACCCAAAUCCCCUCCCUUUCCCCCUCCUCUACCACAUAGCAUGCAGAGAGUAGAUCCUGCUCUCCAGACAGGGCUCCCUGUGCCACUCAAAACCAUGUACACAGUGGAUCCCAUCAUGUUCCCAGACGUUGGCACCUUAUCAGACUUGGCUCAGACGGUGAACCCUGCUGGUUCAUAUACUUGUCAGCAAGCACCACCCACCCUGCCUGUGUUACCAGCACCAGACUGCACCUUAACUGUCACUCAGUCUCAGUCAGUUUCCAUCCUACUGAAACCUGUGCAGGAGAAGCCAUCUGCAGACAGUGCUGGUGGGCUGUGUGCAUAUGUCCCAGCAAUGACAGGCAUUGACCAUUCAAGCCUGUCAAUUUCACAGUUCUCCUUGUGGCAGGCUCACGCUAAGAAGUUGUUUUGUUCCACCUUACCACAAGGUGAAUUCAACCAAGAAUUUCUUGCACUCCAUUCUUCUGAGACAUCUUUUGGGGGAAACCCUGCUGCAAAUCUCGUUGAAACUGUUAACAUCUCAUUUCUCAGUCCUGAGGUCCUGGCACUCCUAGAGAAACAUAUACAAAAUAAAAUUAAUUUUCUGAUACGGAAAGAAAAGGAAAAAAGGGAUUCUCUUCUGAAACAACUCAAGUCAGAGUACCAACUAAACACUUCAGGGGAAAUGACAAACACAGUUGUCAGUAAAGCUGACUCUGCAGUUUCCCUUUCUUUUCUGAAUAAUGAAGGCAAACCAGAGGAGCUGCAGGUUCAUGAGCAGUCUCAACAUCAAAAGACCUUGCAGGUCCAUUCACAACAAAAACAUUUUAAAUUCUUCUGGGGUCUCCCUACUCUGCACAGCGAGUCUUUGUCUGAAACUGUCCACUUUCUGGGUGACCUUUCCUCAGUCUGCAUUUUCAAUGGCAUUCCAAAUUACUUCACAGAGCAAAUACCUCCAGUACCUCCACAGCCUCUCCCUCUAUCCUUACCUGAAGUCCAGCCUCCACCAUCACCUCAAACCCUGCUGCAGUCACAAUCAAUACCUGUUCCAGAGGUUGAGUCCCUGGACACCUUUCGAUCUUUAUCCCCAGUCCUACUGUCUAGUUCUGUACCCCAGAUGAGGGUCUGUGGAGUAACUUUCCUCCAAACCCAAGAGGAACCAGCAUCUAUUAUUUCUCCUGACAUCCAAAACUGCCUGGAAUGGCAUGUGUUGAAGAAGCAACAGGAUAAUUUAUGGGGCUCAUCCUCUAUGGCCCAAAAACCUCAGGAGGAGUUCUGUCCUUCACCUCCCAAAUCUCCUGCCCAUUGUGCCUCUCAGGUCCAUGCUUCAAUCUCCAUACUUCCUGGAGAAUUUCCACUUAGCAAGGAGCUUGAAAAAAUUCUAGAGCAUCACCUUAAAAAGAGGCUCAUCCAACACCACUGGGGCCUACCUCGUAGGAUCCAUGAGUCUUUGUCCUUUAUGUUGCCUCCUAGUGAUUUUUCAGACAAACCCAAGUCAGAAAAGAAUCAUGAAUUCUCAGAGAUCACUAUGCAUAAGUGUCCGACCAGCCAAAGUCUAACUGUUGGGUUGAGUAACGCUGGGAGCUUCCAUGAGACCAACUCAGAGUUAGAGGAGGAUGUAGGGAAAAGUCAGGGACAGAUCUUAGAGAAAAGGUCAAAUAAACAUUUACUGAAUGACCUGGAGAAAAGUUCAGAUCAGGAUCUGCGGUCUAACUCUGAGAAAACCCCUAAUUACACACCAAGUCAUUCAGGGAGAGAUUCAAAAGCUUCAGAGGAAAGUUUACAUCAGAAAAAACUUGAGAAUGCCCUGAUAAGUCACUUGAGUAAGAAACUGGUGGAAAUCAAUACGUGUCAGUUCCCAAAUACUGUACAUAGUUCAUGGCAUGCUAUCCAGCAGACAGUGCUGGAGUAUGAGAAAUCUAACAGGAACGUUAAUCAGAGCAAUGUAUGUGCCUCAGUGGAUUGUUCCCUCAAUACCUACAAGAAUAUUAAAUUCAUUAAUUGCACAGCCCAAGAGAUGCUGGAUUCUCAUAUUCAGAGGUUUCAUCAGAGGAUGACAACUGGCCUUCCCUCAAGGGUUCUUGAAUCUAUAUACAUUUUUACAGAAUGUUCCUCUUCAUCUUCCAACCUCCCUCCCUUAGCCAGUGUGAUUCCUGAGGGGGACUCCAAAUCUGGGAAUCUCAAAGACCUUAGAGGAAACUCUCAGGAUGAUCAAAUGGGAAUGAAAAAUGUAGGUUCUGUCUUUGAUUCUCAUAUCCCUGUCAUCUCAGCUGUGAGCAAUGAGGGCCAGGGUAUCCUGAGACAAUCACCUGAUAACAACCAGGAACUUGCAGAAGCUGUUCAGGGAAUUAAGGGUGACAAACCUAACCUUAAAAAGUGUCAGAGACAGAGUUCUCUACUCAACAGAAACCCCACAAAGCUUCCUUCAAGGCAAGCUGGGGAUAUACAUGAACCAAAGUUUAAGAGCAUCUGUCCAACUAACAAAUUAGAAAUGACACAACAAAAAAUGAUAGAGAAUAAAGAGCUUUUUUCUAAUGUUGCCAUAUCCAGGGAGAUAUUUAGGGCCAAGGAGCUUGAUGCUCUUCAAUCACAAACUAGUGACAUCUUGACAAAGUGCAAAUCUGGAAGAUCCCCAACACAAAGUGCCAAUGAGAGAAAAGCAGCAAGCACAAAGCGCCUGCCACGAAAAAUAUCAGUUCUUCCAGAUACUAAUUCACCAGAGCUGAAAGAGCAACUGAUUGAUGAAUUAAAGUUGAAGUUAAAGAGCAGGGAACAACAGUUAGCCCAAGGCCAACUUGUGGACAUGUCCUCUAUUUCAGAUAGUUUGACUCACGAGAUCUUGCUGACUAAAGACCAGCAUGUCUUCACAGGGAAUGUAGGAGCUUCCCAGGAGGAUGAGAGUGGGAUCAGUGUGGAGCAGGAGAAAGAGCUGUGGGUUCCUGGACUUACAUUGAGAUGCCAGGAUAAGGACUUUCCCCCAACUAUAAAGAGUGCGAGUCAUCCUGGUUCCAAAACAUCAACGCUUGGUGGAGGGGAUGCAGAACAGGCAUCACCCCAACACGGAAGCAGGCAUUUCCCUUCUAAGUACAUACCACUCAAGGUGUAUGAGAGCAAGAAUUCUAAGCUCUCGUCACAGAAAGGACAGCCUCCUCCUGAAAAUCUUUUCAGACAAAAAUUGAAAGAUCUUUGGCAACGGAUCUAUCCUGGAACAAAGUGCAUGAAACAAAAUUCCCAGGUGAAGGGCAGUUCCAUCUCAUCCUCACAAGACAGAGGCCCAAUUAAAAGUAGAGCUGCCACUACCAGGAAGACUGACACCCAGAAGUAUAUUAAUGACACUUGCAAGCCCCUUGACAAGAAAGUGGGGCACAGGCAUGCAAAUUAUAUCACUAGCCUUCAAAAACCUCCUCCAUCAGUGAAGUCUGGGACAAAACAGAAGACAGAAGUGAAGGCCCAGAAAGAAUCUGUUCAGGAGUAUCCUUUCAAACCCAAGGCUUCCUCCUCUAAUGUCAUAAAUUCCAAUUCUCAUCCCCAAGUACCACUCAUUGCUAGUCAGGCUAAUUCUGCAAGUCAAGGUAUGAGAGGCACUGAUAGACAUUUCUGUGGGGAGAAAGCAUUUAAAAAUAGUGUGGUGUGUCCAAGGCAUGGCCCAAAGAUGCUCCAUAAGGGGCCUAUGCCUCCCUCAACCCCCCUGUGCAGGUGGCAUGCUGGUCAGUGUUCUCAUGCUGUUAAUGCUGAACGCUUUGCAUUUAGAGAUAUGUCACUUCAAAGAGAUCAGUUCUUUAGACAGAAAAUUAUCCUUCAAGGAUCCCAGGCAGGAAAACAUUCUCUGAAUUUGCAAAAAGUGCCAAGAAAGCUUGGGAUUGAAAUGGCAGAAAAAAAUCUUCCUAGUAAAAAUCUAAAAGCCCUUGGGGAGAAGGACAAAGCUAUACUCCCCCUGGGUCGGAAUCAUGUUACCAACCGUUUUCGUCAACUCUUAUGUCCAGACUCCUCCUGUGAGGUGUGUAACAGAGCAACUGCUGAGGUCAAUCAACUGCUGUUCCCAGAUGUUCUGGAAGAUACUUGUCCUGCUGUGUCCUCUUUAGUUUCCACAGCUCCUGUGACUGACUCAUCAUUCACUCUGUCAACUGCCUUCUCAACUAUCAAUCCAGCAGACCCAACACCAAUUCCUUUGAACAAGUCUUCCCCAGGAACCCCAUCUACUCUCUCACCUAUUCCAAUGCUCCCUCUAGAUAAAUUUCUUAUGUCUUCCUCCCCAUAUUAUGCUCAGCUCCCAAAGAUUUUCUGUCCCUUGGGUUCUAAAUUCCCAGUGAAGCAUUCCCUACCUCAGUCCCUUGCCUUUCCUCCUUCCCCUCCACAUGACACUCAGAGAUUGGAUCCUAUUGUCCAACCAGCAGCUCCUUUGCCUUGUGAUACCAUCUUCUCAUAUAUUCAUACCAUUUCUCAAGAUCUCAAUCCCUUGCCAAAUUCACCUCAGACUUUGAAUCAGACUAAUUCAUUUGCUUGUCAUCAAGUACAACAAAAUGUUUCACGAGAUGGCACUUUACCUAUGACUCAAUCUCAGUUGACUUCUGUUUCACUUAAAUCUGUCCUGGAGAACUUAUCUUCAGAGAGUCCUUAUGGGUUGUCCACAUAUGUCCCAGAAAACAGAGACAUUGACCUUUCUAGUCUGUCAAUUUCAGAACUUUCCCAGUGGCAAGCUCACACCAAGAACAUGUUCCCAUCUAAUUUAUCAAGUUCUAAUUGUCAACGAGAGCAUAUUUCACCACAUCAACCACAGACCUGUCUUUGGGGUGACUCUGCUAACAAGCACAUGGAUUCCAGUAGCCUUUCUUUCCUUGGUUUUAACAUCCAGUCCCUUGAUGUAGAGAAUACCAGAGCACCUGAAACUGACUGGCAAACUGAAGGCAACGCUGAGCACUUGAACAUUUGUCAGCACAUUCUGUAUGUUAAGACUUUGAGAGAAAAUCUGCAGCAGAAAUAUAGCCAGCUCUACUGGGGUCUUCCUUCUUUGCACAGUGAGUCCCUGGUGGCUACUCUCCUGGUUUCAAGAAGUAGUUCUCCACUAGAUUCUCCCUUUAUCUUAUUCAAUAGAAUCUAUGAUUCUUCUAUGGUUCAAAAUCAAGAUCCAGAACCUCUAUCAUUUCCUCAUUCAUACCCCUUUCCCCUUCCCAAUGUAAAUUCCCAAUCUCUGACUCAGGCAAAGCCCCACUUUCAAUUCCAGUUCCUACCAUUCUGUCAGAUUCAGCCCUCAUGUCACCUUCAUUCCAGACUCCCAAUCCCACCAUCAUCUUCACCAAGCCAGAUCAGGGACUGUGGAGUACGUUUCCAUAGACCCGAAGAUGAAUUAGAUUCUCAUAUCUCAACUGAAAACCAACACCUGGAAUGGCAUGUGUUGCAGAAGCAACAGGAAAAUUUGUGGGGUGUAGUCCCUGUACUCCAGCAGUCUCAAGAAGCUGUGCGUCUACAAGUUCCUCCCAGUAUUCCACUGGUCAAACGGUCAUCUCAGGCUCAUGUGCCAGAUGCCAUCCAUUCUGGCCAUUUUCACAUUGCCAGUGAAUCCCAGGAGGAACUGGAGUCCCACCUUCCAAGGAGGUCAAUCCCACACUGGUGUUAUCAACCCUGUAGGAAUGUAGAGUCUUUUGCACUAAUGGAGCCUCACUGUGAGUUAACAGAAAUAUCUAAGCAGAACAACAGAUAUCCUCACUCACAACUCAUUGACUUUAAGGGCCAAGACAAAAAAGAUCUAACAGAGAUUGAAUGGCAUCUCUCUGGAAGCUUCAAUGAAAGGUCCCCAACAAAGUUUCAGCUAGUGAAGGCUAUGAGGAGUAAUCGUGGGCAUACUCUGAGUCAGAGUCCACAAAACUGCCUACAUAGUUUUUCAGAAUGUUAUGCAGUAAAGCACCAGGGUGAAGUCUCUAAAACAAAAAGUAACUGUCUGUUUCAGGCAAUGGAUCAUCCAGGAGAUGAAUUACCAAGUGUUUCAUGGAAUGAUACAGACCAGAGACAAAUUGAAACCAUUCUUAGACUUCAUUUGAUUAGAAAGUUUUGUCAGAUUGCUGCAGACAGGAUCCCCCUAGGUGUUUGUGAUUCAUGGCUGGCUGGUAGCAACACAUUAUCAAAUUCUAGGGGUUCUCAGACCAAUAAGGAAAACGUAAGUUUGAAAAACAGAAAGUUGGGAAAUGCUUAUUGUCAGAUUUCUACUUUAGAGCCUUAUUUUCUUGAUUUCAACACCCAACAAGUGCUAGAAUCCCAUAUUCUAAGGUAUAGGACAAGUCAGAUAUGGGGACUACCCCUCAAGGUUCUUCAAUCCAUAAAAUUCUAUAUGUUGAGAGAAGCUAAAACAUGGCCUCUUCCUCAAAUGAAUUUUCCUUCCUCAGCUUCUCUUAACUCUGGCAUAGCUUCUAAAGGUGUGGUUUCUGAGCUGCUUCAGAGAAAUGUUAGAACUUUUCAGGAAAAUAAGAUAAGGACAACAAAUUCAGCUCCCAUACUGAACUGUUCUCUUUCUGCUGCCUCGGCUGUGGACAAUGAAAGACAGGAGGUGCAGAAAACACCACCCCCUGAGGACACUCCUGGAAUUGCAGAAGUUGUUCAGAGAAGCCAAAGCAGAAAACAAAGUCCUAUACUUACCACACACAGCCUCAUAAACACUGAAAAUCAAAGUGAGACUAGGGCUGGGCAUGAACCAAAAGGUGAGAAUAUUAAUUCCUGUGGAAGGACAGAAAUGAUUUCAGACAAAAGGAUGGUAGAGAAGAAUUCAGAACAUUUUUGCAUAGCCAAUAUGUUCCAGGCUCAGGAGCUGUGUGUUCUUCAGUCACAAUCUGAUGACAUCUUGACAGGCAGAGAAUCAAGAGAUUCUCACAUGGUAAGUGUUCAUACAAAUAAAGUAAAAACUCCCUUGUCAACUGAAUGCCCUUCAGAAGAAAUAAAAAUUUCUGAAGAUGUUCAACUACCAAAUGUUAAAACACAGUUUCUUAGUGAGUUAUUAGAGAGUGGAGAACAUAUACAGGCCCAAGGCCAACCUACUGACAUGUCCAUCACUCCAGAUAACUUGACUUUCAAGUCCUCAUUGACUCAUACCCUGAAUACCUCUGGUAGGACCAUGGAAGCUUCUCAUAUGCUACAUGUUCCUUUAGAAGAUAGUGAGAUUAGUAUGGAGCAUAGGCAGGAAGCCUGGGUCUCAAAACAUGUCUUACCAAAGUACCCGGAUGAUAAUUUUCCAUUAGCUACAAAAGGAGUAGAUAGCAAAGCAAAAACUGGACAUGAAGAUUUGAGAUUAGGGACAUCUAAAACCAGAAAGAAGAGCCACUCUGUUGAGAUGAGAGUAUUAGAAGAUACUUCCCCAUCUUUUUCACAGGAUGAACAGUUUCCUGAAAGUUAUCUCAGAAAAAAGAUGAAGAAUUUUAGUCAGUGGAUUGAAUCCAAGAGAAAAAAUAUGAGUCAAGAAAGAAUCCUGCUAAAAGCCAAGUUCAUGUCAACCUUUGCACAGCACCGAGACCUAUUGAAGAAUACAACUCUUUUUGUGAGGUCUCAAGGUCCUGAAACUACUGAGCUCAUGACAGCCAUUGGGAAGAUCCUAGAAGAGAAACUUGCACAUAUACAUGAGCCUGAGGUUUCAGAGUUAAAUCAGCAGGAGCAAAUGUCUACCCAGGUAGACACCAACAAGGGACAUCUCCCUCUCUCUGACACACAGAAAGGGGUAUGGACAAGUGCCAAGCCUUGCAGCCCAGAGCCUAUUUCUGUUGACCAGAGUAGUUUUACACAUGUUAGACAAGUCAGACACAGGGUCAGACAGCCUCAGGAAGUUGAGACCUUCCACAACCAAUUGUUCUGCAAAUUCCCUCUCCCAUUAUCCAGGGAACCUGUCCCCCACCCACCUCAAGAAUGCCCAGUCUCUCAGGCCACCAUCACCCCUGAUGAUAACUCUGUGUUUAGAGAUUUAAUUCUUUUGUUCAAACAAAAAACACUUCUUGAGCACUUCCAGGAGGGAAAAAUUUCCCCAUAGAAAUCAUCCAGUCCUUGUUGAGAAUGUUCUACAGAUUUUAUGAUUAUAUGUCUUCUGACGAGACUAGUUUUUCUUUGGCAUGACCAAGAAUGUUGAUCCUUCUCAAUAAAUAUCUCUUUUAGUA